CUGUUGGGAAAAGCGCCAGACUCCACAGCACAGUAUUCAUCCUCCUGCAGCUCCUCAACAAACUCCCUCAACACACAACCAGCAACUUUUUCUGCAGCCCUCUUCAUCAAGAAAUCCCUUUGCCAGCCACAUCAGCUGGACAAACUAAAGCAGAAAUGUCCCCUCCAUCCGCACGGCUGCAAACCAAACCCGUGAUAACGUGUCUGAAGACGUUUCUCAUCUCGUACAGUCUGAUUUUCUGGUUCACAGGAGUGAUCCUGUUGGCCGUUGGAGUAUGGGGAAAGGUUAAUUUGGAGUUUGACCUACUCUUGAGUUCAGACAAAGGUACCAAUGCACCAUAUGUCCUGAUUGGGACCGGAGCCAUCAUCAUCAUCUUUGGGUUGUUUGGUUGCUUCGCAACCUGCCGUGGGAGUCCAUGGAUGCUGAAACUGUAUGCCAUGUUCCUGACACUGGUGUUCUUAGCUGAACUGGUAUCAGGCAUAUCUGGCUUCAUUUUUAGACAUGAGAUUAAAGCAGUAAUUCAAGAUGUCUAUAAAAAUGCUCAAUCAGCCUACACUGGUACAGACAUCAGAAGCAACGAUCUGGACAGGAUCCAGAGAACACUACAAUGCUGUGGAGAGAAGAACUACACUAGCUGGGCAGACACGAAUUACUUCAAACAAGAGGGAAUCCCCAAAAGCUGCUGUAAUAUGAGUGCUGGUGUGAAUUGCACUACUGCAGAACUGAAGGAUCUGACGUUGGCUGCAGCAGUGGUGUACCAGCGCGGCUGUUUCUCACUGAUGACUACCACAAUGGAGGCUAAUGUUGGCAUUAUUGCUGGAAUAUCUUUUGGAAUAGCAUUCUUCCAGCUUAUUGGGAUAUUCCUGGCAUGCUGUCUGUCUCGCUAUAUCACCAACAACCAAUAUGAGAUGGUGUAGUAAUCCUCCAUCACAGGGUAUUACCAAGGACUGUGCCUGACACAAAGGGAAAUCGUGUAGUUUCAAUGUUUUGUAUGUGUGCCUUAGCUAAAUAUUUCAUUUUAGAGACUUUCUGGCUGCUUUUUUUAAAUAUUUCUUGUUGCUAACUAGAUUGAAGGGAUGGAAUCCAUUCCUAUGGGCCAAUUUUGUUGUUGUUAUUGUUUUGCCAGAGUGUAAAUAUAACCAUGAUUAUAGAUACACAUGUGCAUACAUUUUAGCCAGUGUUAAACCAGAAAUACUCAUGCAGUUAAUGCAGCAGAUGGAGUGCUGUACACAUUGACUCAAAACAUUAUUAAAGUUUCUUGAAUGAAACCUGAACCUUUUCUCAACAUUUGCCAAAAAGGACUUGAUAGUUAAUAGAGACAUCAUUUUUUACCUUUUGAGGUCCUGUGUUAUCCAAUAUGUUACAUAUGACGUUUUGUGUGUGUGGGGGUAGGUAGGCGUAAUCACCAAAUACAGAAAAACAUGUUUUCCCACUCUAUUUGGAUUGCUUUUGUGAAAAUGAUGUAGUUAUUUGCAGCCUCAGGUUAUUGAUGUAGCCGUGAUGGUAUAAUAAAGACCUAAUUUGCUGAAUGCCAUGACUGUGAUGAGCUGUUGUUUCUCUUUAACUUGGAUAUGUCUAUAAAAAAUUGAAAUUGUCAGAGAGGUUUGUGAGUAAAUAAUGAAAAAUAUCAGCACCUGGGUACAAGUGAUUUUGAAUAUUUGCUUUUAUAAAGAAAAUAAUUUGUUUAAUGCUUUAAACUAUAAUUUUUCUCAUAAGUCACUCCAACAUAUGUAUAUGAUUGUGUGACGAGGAAGGGGGCGUUAUGGUUCCCGCCUCCUCUUUACCCAUCUUAUGAACCUCAUUACAGAUUGUUACUCAUUUUAUGGCAAAUCAUCCUGCAUCAUGCCUUGUUGUCAGCAUAUUAAUUUUUGAGCAUGCAGACUUUUAAUUUCUAAGACAACUCCAUUGUCAAUAGCCUGUUGUUGUUUUUUGUGGGAUUUGUAAAUGUUCUAGGGAAUUCAAAACAUUUUGUGCAUGAAGCUGUUGCCUGUGCCUUAGACACAGGACCAUCAGAUGGCGCCUUUGCUUUAUUUUUUUUAAUAAAAUGGUA